AUGAUGGAUUCAAUGCAUGUGAAGAAACGUAUGCCAACCGGAGUCUCAUCUGAAAUGUUGGUGCGAUGUGUGGGCCGACCAAAGAAGGAGUUGGACAACGAGUCGCGCGCCCGACGGGAUGUGGCCAACAAUCACGAGCGCAAACGCAUGCAGUCUAUCAACGAUGGCAUUCAGGCGUUGCGGCGGAUAUUGAGACACAAAGACAUCGAUAAGUUAAGUAAAGCCACGGUUUUGUUGAGAGCGGCCGAACACGUGCUCCGACUCGAGUCGGAACUGACGGCCGUCGCCGACGAAAACUAUCGGCUCAAGUGUCUCGUCAAACAACUCUUUCACAGCCAGGCUUUCGUCCAACCCAUGCCUUUCCCACCACCGCCUCAACAGCCCUACUCUCCCGACAAUAAUUGUUAG